AUGAGCGAGAAGAUGAUCGAAAGUCCCUGGGAUGUUCGACUCCGUGGGCCGUACAGCACCAACGACAAACUCUUGCAAGUGAUAGGGCAGAAUCCUGCUUCAAUAUCAGGCCGACCGAUGUGCUACGAGCCAAGUCAGAUCCUGGAGAAGAGGAGGGAGCGCGAGUUUGCUCUUACGCCUGCGUUUGGUCUGACCCCUGAGGACCUCGGAGAUAGCUCCUCCAACCACUUUCUCGUCGUUGCUGUCUCCAUACUGCAACUGGCCUGCGGAGGACUGGACGAAUGUCACAACAAUAUCACCCCUCUCUCUUGGGACGACGGCACAAUCUUCGGCGGACCCCCCGUCUACGACAGCCCAGCCAGGCAGGAGGCAACGCUCUUGCACUGCCUCGUUCAUCUAAGGGAAGGACAUCAUCCCGGCGAGUUUGGCACGGGCUACCAGAACUCGGGCUACUGGGCAGGAGGGGUGACGGAGCAUCCGACGAUGAAUCAGGUGUUGAUACCCUGA